AGUGAGAAAAUGAGCAUCCAUCCAUUCCAACCAACUUUCUCUCUCUUUGUUGCUUAGUUUUUAUCAGCCAAAUGUAUAUAUAAAAAUGUGAUUUCAUAUGCGUUCUUCUUGCUCUCUCCGUCGCUCUCCAUUGCUUGUUCUUCAGAAAUUGAUAUCAGUUCAUAAGCCAUAAGGCCUUGCCUUGGCGCUGCUCCAUAUCCAUAACUCAUAUCUAAUGGAUUUGUUCAAUUCUCGUGGGGUGGCUUACAAGCCUGCCAAAGAUGUCGAUUUGAGUCCCACCAGCUCUGAAUUCUACCUCACAGCCAAUGUCAAAGCUCCUCGAAUGGUUGGAAUAGUGGUGAAAAUAUUUGCGUGGGUCCUAGAAAUGAGGAUUUUGGGGAAAUUGCUGUUGUACGUUCUCAAGGCCAAUAAUCUCAUUUACAAGCUCGUUGGAAAUGCGGAGAUAGAAGAAUCGCCUGUUUUUUUACCCUCGCAUCCUGUAGAAGAAAAAGAAAAUGAGGAGGUGAAGUACAUAGGCGUGGCUCUGUCUGAAACAGAACAAGUUCAAGAGGCAGUUAGUUGUCUGCCUUCAUGGUCAGACACAGAAGUGGAUUCCUUAAACCCUUCAUUUCACAGAUGGACAAUAAUGGACUAUUCAACAGCAUAUCGUUCAAGAAAAAUAACUCCUCUAACUGUUGCAGAGAGAUUCAUAGCAGCUGUGAGUGAAUCAUCCAAACCUCCAUUGAACAUGUCAUUCUUCAUUAAUUAUAAUGUCGAAGACAUUCUCAAGCAAGCAGCUGAAUCAACUAAUCGUUAUGAGCAUGGACAACCCCUUUCAGUUCUAGAUGGAGUGCCAAUUGCUGUCAAGGAUGAAAUAGAUUGUCUACCAUAUCCAACAACAGGGGGGACGAGUUGGUUGCACAAACUAAGACCUUGUACCAGUGAUGCAAGCUGCAUACGAUACCUCAGGUUAUGUGGAGCUCUAAUUGUUGGUAAAACCAAUAUGCAUGAACUUGGUAUUGGAACAAGUGGAAUAAACCCUCAUCAUGGGUCGACGAGAAAUCCGUAUAAUACGAGCAGGAUAUGUGGAGGUUCUUCUAGCGGAUCGGCUGCGGUUGUUGCUGCAGGACUAUGUCCUGCUGCUUUAGGUGUUGAUGGAGGAGGAUCUGUGAGAAUCCCUGCAUCUCUUUGUGGAGUUGUCGGUCUGAAGCCAACAUUUGGGCGUGUUCCUCAUUCUGGUGUUCUUCCUCUGAAUUGGACUGUUGGGAUGGUAGGGAUACUGGCUGCCACGAUUGAGGACGCGUUUAUUGUUUAUGCAGCCAUAAGCAGCAAAAUUCCUUCGCAUCAGAAUGCUAUACUGCCCAAACUUUGUUUCCCAUUACUGAACACAUCAAGACCAAUACCUUCGGUUACAAUGGCAAAGUAUGGUGAGUGGUUUAACGACUGCAGUGAUGAUAUCAGAAUUUGCUGUUCUAAUGCCUUGGACAAACUUCAAAAACAUCAUGGCUGGAAGAUGGUCGAGGUGACGAUUCCCGAGAUAGAAGUGAUGCGUUUAGCACAUUAUUCGACAAUUGCAUCCGAAUGCAGCACUGCAUUGAGUUCUUAUCUCGAAAAGCUGGAUUCCUCACAACUAGGAUGGGAUGCAAGAGUAGCACUUGCUGUUUAUGGCUCUUUUGGUAGUAAGGAGUACAUAAAAGCUCAGAAGAUUAGGAAUCGCCAAAUGUAUUUUCAUCGGAAAAUACUAGCACAUGCUGAUGUCAUCGUGUCACCGACAACCGGAGUUAGAGUUAAUCUGGACACUAUCGAGGCAUGAACCAUUCCGUGUCCAUGCUGAGUCGUUUCUACACACUAUGUCAAAGUCCAACCUAUGAUGCAACCUUCGACCCAUGGGAAGGGGCACAAUGUCGGCACACUUGUCCCACCCAAGUCUUUGCAAUCUCGUUCCCAAAGGAAGACGCCCAAGACACUCAUUUUUCAAUGCUUAUCCAAACCAUAACAGACACAUUUGUCAUGAGUAGCUCACUUAAGUCAUGAGGUGGCUCACUUAAGCACGAGACCUAGGAGUAAUAAAUAUCCUAUAUCAUGCCUCCCUAUAUAGUACAUUCUACGCAUUAUAGGUCUAACACUCAUGCACAUCAAAACGGUGAGGAUUCAUAUGCCAACGUGGAGCGUCUAUCUAGUGUUCAAUUGACACCAAAUCUGACGAGCUUGCAUCUUACACUUACAUGCACUCAACUCCGUUGCUUCUCUUCUUGCUUGCGUCUUUGUUUGGCUUUCUUGUACACUCUUCUUGAUGUGUUAGAUGAUGCACCGUCCUCUUCAAUUUCAUUGUGGCACUUCUCUCUCGACCAUUAACAUGGUCAGACGAGCGGCACUGUUGUUUGUACGUGGGAGUCAUGACCUACUCUUUUCUAACAAGUUGUUAUAUUCUAAUAUUUAUA